AUGAAAUUUUGCAAGCCAUCACCAAUCAAUAUUUUGCAUGAUGAAGCAAAGGUGAAGGAGUUGAUAAGAGCUGAUAGUAGGGGAUGGGAUGUUGAACUAGUGAAGCCAGUGUUUAAUGAGUAUGAGGCUUCAGUAAUCUGUAAAUUACCUGUUAGUCUUUGUGGGCUCCCGGAUAAACAAAUAUGGGCAUUUUCAAAGAAUGAUCAGAUGGAAGUAAUGGCUGUGGUGCUAAGAAGAGUUUGGUUAAGAAGAAAUGGGUUGGUGUUUGAAAAUAAGUUUGAAGGACCUAAUGAAGUUUUCAACAAAGCUAUUGAUUGUUUGUUAGAGUAUCAAUUGGCACAAGUUCAGCAAGGCAAAGAUCAGAAAAAUGGUGGAACUUGUAGUAGCAAUAUUUCUCAUCGGAAACCACCUACGGGGAAUAUGGUGAAGGUUAAUUGGGAUACGGCUUUGAAGACUAAUGAGAAUAGAGCUGAAAUUAGGAUAGUGAUCUGUGAUAAUUGUAGAGAGGUGUUAGUAACUCUAUGCUAUCCCAAAGAAUUUGUUUCUGAUCCUAUUAUAGUUGAAGUCUUUGCUCUAUGGAGGGCCAUGAAGUUAUGUGAUGAGCUUAAUUUCUGGAAUGCACAACUGGAGGGUGAUGCUUUGACUAUUGUAAAUGCUGUUAAUAGUUUAGAAGUGAAUUGGGAGUGGCAUGGUCAGCUGAUUGAAGAUUUAAAAGCUUUAUUGAAAAACAGAAGGAACUGGACAAUGUCAUAUGUGAAUAGAUCUUGUAAUAGUGUUGCACAUAGUCUUGCAAAAAUGGCUUUAAGUGUAAGUGAAGAGUUAGUUUGGAUGGAGGAUCAUCCUCAGGAGAUACUGAAGAAUGUAAUUUUUGAUAAGCUGUGUAAUUCGAUUGAUACAACAAUACAACAUACAGGUUUCUUUUUUUUAAAAGGCACAUAA